AGAUAACGGAGAUAAUAGAUGGAUGUAAACAUAUUUUUUCAGAAACAGUCGAUGUUAUAGCGCGUUGAUGUAAUUUGAUUUUAAUUUGUGUUCGUACACAAUGGACGUGGAAUUCUUAAGAUACCAAUUCGAAGAUGGCUACUACGGAGUUAUUACAAAAAAUGGGUUCAAGAUUGGAGUUCGGCACAUACAGAUGAUGUACAUGCUGGCGAGUGCCAUCAGUAUAGGGUUCAUACGAGGCAGCAUGGGGGUGGCCGUGCUAGCGGUCAUCGACCCUACAAGAAGAGACGAUACUUACAUAAAGAUUCACAACUGGGACGGUAAAAUUCAAGGUUCAGUUCUGUCAUCAUUCUUCUUUGGGUACGCGUUGAUGGUGCUGCCAUCUGAGCUAUUCUUAAGGAGAUUUGGUGGGAAACUACAGACGACUGUUAUCCUUUUGAUCAACGGUGUCCUGUGUGUGGCGAUGCCUACUAUCAUUAACAAGGGUGGAUGGGUAGCCGCGUGCAAUGCAAUGCUGUUUAUGGGGAUGACCCACGCCUGCUUUCACACAGUCAACCGAUCUCUCUUCGAGCAAUGGAUGCCUCCCAAUGAGAGGAAAAUAUUCAGCUGUUUAAUUUAUGGAGGUGUCCAAAUUGGAAUAAUUAUAGCCCUCCCAAUAUCUGGCUUGCUAUCAUCAGCUCCGCUUGGUUGGGAGCUGGUGUACUAUUCUUUGGCAAUGCUGGCACUGUCAAUGGCCAUCAUAUCAGGUACUCUGACGGCCAGCUCACCUGGAGACCACCAGGCUGUUGGAGACGCUGAAAAGGAGUUCAUUAAGAACACACUGAUUAACUAUAAGAAGAAAGAAAUAAAGCGUCCAUGGAGACAGAUUUUGAAAUCACUGAGAUUCUGGGCUGUGGCAAGCGCUCAUGCAUCCAGUAACGCCAUCUUCGUUUUCUUCAUUAUACACACUCCUUCCUAUUUGAUGACAUAUGGAAUGUCCUUGGAAAACAGUGCGUGGUACUCGAUGUUCCCAUUCAUCGCGAUGGCCGUCACUUACACAGUGAUGAGCCCGUUCAUCGACUGGUUCUACACUAUACGAUACAUCCACUACAUCUUCAGUGCCAGCUUCUUCAGGAAACUUAUAAACGGUUUGGGUGCUUUUGGGAUCGUAAUGGGAUUGACGGUGCUGCCGAAUUUUCCACGCGAGUGGUCCUGCCCGGCGAUACUCGUGGUUACAGCAAUAUUGGCGUUACUCGGUUUUCAGUUUUGUGGAUUUUUGAGUACGUACAAGGAUAUGUCAGAGAACUACUGUGGCACAUUGAUGACAAUUUCUUGUACCAUCAGCAGCGCAGUGGGGGCUGCUGUACCAUUCGUGGCUGGACUCAUCAUGGGAGAUGAUAUGUCGAACGUGGAAAGCUGGCGAGUUGUAAUGCUGAGCCUGGCCAGCUUACAUAUGCUGAGCUCUGUUGUAUAUACGACGUGCGCCAGCAACGAGCGACAACAUUGGGACCACAUCAAUAACCACGAUAAGCACCGACUGGGACACUACAAUGGAGUUAUUGAUAACCUCCAAGUCCCGAUGGAAGAGUACGGCCACGUAAACCUUGGACUUCAGAAACAUGAACUCGACACCGCUUUGUGACAAUGUACUAAUAUUAAUAUUAAGUGGACUAUUGUGAUACUGACUCAUUUUAUACCUGACUGUUAUUAUACUAUGAAACUAUUACA